GCUCACAAGAAAAGGAGGAAGCGGAGUGAGAGCAGCGCAUCGGCAGCUCGUCUCUACUCAACUGACGGACAACAUCACAGACACCCAAAAACAACCUGCACCACAGUUUAUCAACUCCUCUACCCGGAGCAACGCACCAGGCGCGACUUUUGCAACCCUUCAGAGACGCAUUCAACCUCCUGCAACUCGCGUCGGGUUCGUUAAAGUCAAAAUAAAGACAGUUGCACUGACAGUCGGAGAAUGGCAGACUCGGCGGCGGCCAACAGCGACGGGGAGGACGGACCCCGCGAGCCCAUGCGGGGCUUCGCGCGCCAGGGAGCCCUCCGCCAGAAGAACGUGCACGAGGUGAAGGACCACAAAUUCAUCGCGCGCUUCUUCAAGCAGCCCACCUUCUGCAGCCACUGCACCGACUUCAUCUGGGGUUUUGGGAAGCAGGGAUUCCAGUGUCAAGUCUGUUGUUUCGUGGUUCACAAACGUUGCCAUGAGUUCGUCACUUUCUCCUGUCCAGGUGCCGAUAAAGGACCUGCAUCAGACGACCCCAGGGCAAAGCAUAAGUUUAAGAUCCACACCUACUCCAGCCCGACCUUCUGCGACCACUGUGGCUCUCUGCUCUACGGCCUCUUACACCAGGGCAUGAGAUGUGACCACUGUAUGAUGAACAUCCACAAGCGCUGUGUGGCCAAUGUGCCGAGCCUGUGUGGGACAGACCACACUGAGAGGAGAGGUCGCCUCCAGAUCACCGCUGAGGUCAAGACUAAUGUACUCACUGUUACCAUCAAAGAGGGCAGGAAUCUGGUUCCCAUGGACCCCAAUGGUCUGUCAGACCCCUACGUGAAGCUUAAACUGAUCCCAGAUCCACGCAGCGAGAGCAAACAGAAGACUAAGACCAUAAAGUGCUGCCUCAACCCCACUUGGAAUGAGACCUUUAAAUUCCACCUGAAGGAGUACGAUAAGGACCGCCGUCUGUCGGUGGAGGUGUGGGACUGGGACCUGACCAGCCGCAACGACUUCAUGGGAUCACUGUCCUUCGGCAUCUCAGAGCUCCAGAAAAACGGAGUGGAUGGAUGGUUUAAGCUGCUCUCCCAGGAAGAAGGCGAGUACUUCAACGUUCCUGUUGCUCCGGAGGGGGAGGAGGGCAACGAGGAGCUACGGCAGAAAUUUGAGAGAGCUAAGAUUGGACCAGGCAAGAACACAGAAGGCAAGUCGGCUAAUGCUGCGUCCCGGUUCGACUCCAAUGGCAACCAAGAUCGCAUGAAGCUGGCUGACUUUAACUUCCUGAUGGUGCUGGGCAAGGGCAGCUUCGGCAAGGUGAUGCUGGCAGAGCGUAAAACGACAGAGGAGCUGUACGCCAUAAAGAUCCUGAAGAAGGACGUUGUGAUCCAGGACGAUGACGUGGAGUGCACCAUGGUGGAGAAGAGGGUGCUAGCGUUGCCUGGGAAGCCUCCGUUCUUAACACAACUGCACUCCACUUUCCAGAGCAUGGACCGUUUGUAUUUUGUCAUGGAGUACAUAAAUGGAGGAGAUCUCAUGUAUCAGAUUCAGCAGGUCGGCAAGUUCAAAGAGCCCCAUGCUGUAUUCUAUGCUGCGGAGAUAGCCAUCGGUCUGUUCUUCCUACAUCUAAAGGGCAUCAUCUACAGAGACCUGAAACUGGACAACGUGAUGCUGGACUGUGAGGGUCACAUUAAGAUAGCAGAUUUUGGCAUGUGUAAAGAAAAUAUGAAUGAUGGAGUCACGACCAAGACCUUCUGUGGAACACCAGACUACAUAGCCCCUGAGAUCAUAGCCUACCAACCUUAUGGAAAGUCUGUGGACUGGUGGGCCUUCGGAGUAUUGCUCUAUGAGAUGCUGGCUGGACAGCCUCCAUUUGACGGUGAAGAUGAGGAUGAGUUAUUUCAGUCCAUUAUGGAGCAUCACGUCUCCUAUCCCAAGUCAAUGUCCAAGGAGGCUGUCGCUAUCUGUAAAGGGCUGAUGACAAAGCAUCCAGCGAAACGACUGGGCUGUGGUCCCGAGGGGGAGAGAGACAUCAGGGAGCACAGCUUCUUCCGCUACAUGGACUGGGAGAAACUGGAGAACAAGGAAGUGCAGCCGCCUUUCAAACCUAGAGCUAGAAACCGUCGGGACACCUGUAACUUUGACAAGGAGUUCACCAAGAUGCCGGUGGACUUGACGCCGACAGACAAGCUCGUCAUCAUGAACCUGGACCAGGACGAGUUCCUCGGCUUCUCCUUCACCAACCCUGAAUAUGUGGCUCCUGGAAAUUAACACACAUUCGAUCACACUGAUGGACUGGUAGAAAAUGAGGUUUCGGAGCAGAUAGGAAGGCAAACUAGCACUUCAAGUCUACUUGUUUUGUCUAUGUUCAGUAAAUGCCUGCAUUUCUUUUCGGCCACACUGGGGUUUGUCCAAUACUUAAGCACAAGAAAGGUAUCGCAACACCAAACUUGCACAGUAGACUGGAUACCAAAGAUUUCGAAGUAUUGUAUCAAAAAUACCCUUGGUGUCAAAUGCGCUUUUUAUACAGGACAAUAUACAUGCUAGAUUUAUAGGAAAAUAUAAAUUCCAGAAGCCUACAGUUGAACACUUGCCACCAGAUGCCAUACACACAAUGCCAACCCAGUCUUGCUUGCAAGCUGAACAAGCGCUCCCUUUUCUUAAUGUUAUGAUAAAAUUAUAACAGCAGAAUUUGGUUUGUAGCUCGUUUAUGGCAUUAGUCUUCUCAAAUGCUUCUACAAACCAAACCUAUUUUCACUUUUCUUGAUCAAAGUACGUGAUACAUUCUCCAGUAAUGGUCUGCCAGUUUAACUGCAUUAAUAACAAAGUUUACAUGCACAAAAUAUUCUGUUUUUUAUUCCUACUAAGCUUCUCAUGUAGCUAAUGAAAAUUAAUAUUCUGCUACUAUAGCUGUUUACGUGCAUACUUCGAUUAACAUGUUGUUUGUCAUGUCAAAAUAUGGGAAAGUGGAACGGCUGCGGUUGUGCUAGGAUUCUUUAAAGUUUUCAACCAGUGGUAGACUUUUCCAACCACAGCUUCCAUCUUCUUUCUUAAAAAGGUUGGCUUCGCAUAUCCAAAAAUCUGCUAAUAGCCAAGUUUUUCAUGUUGUUUAAAGAAGUUGUGUUUCUCCUUCCAAGCACACAUGUGGGCUUUUCUUUUGGGCAUGCAUCUUCACCCCACAGGCAAGAGGCUGUUUGUCAGCAACUGCAGUAAAAAUCCAAAUUGAGACAUAUAUUCUGAAUGUGCUAUACACAUGUCACAAGAAUGCUAUCAAAACCCAAAAUCAGCAUAUCCAACAUAUUGUAAAAUGCUUCAUUUGAAAUGCCUAUACUGUUUACAUGACCCAAAUAAUAUUUGGAAUAUUGUCAUAUUUGGAAUAAUAGUGGAAUAUUAGUGUGCAUGUAAAUGUAAAACAAAGUAUGGAGAGUAACUUAUUACUGAAUUGUGACAUAAUACAAACCCAUUUUAAACAAAUCUGAUUGGCUACAAGCAGCAGUCUCUGAGGUGUGAUCUGCUUGGUGCAUUUGAGGAGCAUUGUCUUGAAUGUGUACGAUUACAUUUUUUUUUCAACAUGGCACACUCAUUCUCUAGUCUUGUCUUCUGGCCACACAUGGAUUCAUGUUCUUUCCAUAAUGCUCCAAGUUUCAUCAAUGGGGCAUAAACAGAUGGGACCAAAACAAGCUUGAAAUACACCCUGAUUUCUUCUAGAUGUGUUCCGCAAAUGUUUUUAGAUCACUAGCGGACCAAAUUGAAGAAUGUCUUGUUUUUGUUAACAUGCCAUGAUGUUAGCUGUUUUAUAUAUUUAAAUCUUGUUACUCUCAUCACUUAAACUGUAUAGGAGCAAAAGUGAUAACUUCUUGAAGCUCACAAACUGCAUUCACAUCUGCAUCUAUAUAAGUUCCAAACCAAUCGCUAGAAAAAUGUUGGCAUUUUACAUUUCUACAACCACAGAUAUGUUACAUUUGCACAUUAUUAUGUAGCGGACAUGUAGUUAGGUUUAGGCACAAAAAACACUUGGUAAUGGUUGGGAAAAGUCAUGUUUUGCUUUAAAUACCCAGUUUGGGGGUCACAAUUGCAGCAGGAAAAGCAGCUAUGUCACGGUGAAAACAACUGCUUUCUGCGCCACUAUCCUGGCAAGGUAACCGGCAAUGUCUUGGUAAAAAAAACCCACCACUUUUUGUGCCUCUGUCCCAGCAGGAAAAACAGUGAUGUCUCAGCAAAAAACAACCGCUUUUUGUGCCACUAUCCUGACAGGAAAAGUAGCGAUGUCUCUGCAAAAAAUAGCCACUUUUUGUGCCUAUGUCCUGUCAGUAAAAGCAGCAAUGUCUCAGCAAAAAAUAACUGCUUUUCAUGCCUGUAUCCUGGCAGGAAGAGCAGUGAUGUGUGUAAAAAAAAAAAAAAAAAAAAAAAGCUUUUUGUGCCAGUCUCUGCAGGAAAAACACUGAUGUCUCAGCAAAAAAACAAGAGCUUUUUGUGCCACUAUCCCUGCAGGAAAUGCAUUGAUGUCUUGACAAAAAACAACCGCUUUUUGUGCCUCUAUCAGCAAAAAACAAACAAACACAGCGCUACAAAACACCCCUGUUUAGUGCCUAAAAAG